CACUGGGAAGACACAGGAUUCAUUUGUAUGGUGCCGUAGUCAUCAGGAUUCAUAUGGUGCCAUACAGUCGUCGGGAUUCAUAUGGUGCCAUAGCUUUCUUGACAGACAACAUAUGUAUAUACAUAUUCGACAGACUAAAUUCAGUAUUAUACACAUCAAUUUUAAGUGUGGGUAACUAUCAAGCAUUGAGCUGAUAUGGGUAAUGUAGACAGUGUGCCUAUUGUAUCUCAGGCCAAGUCGGCUGUACAGGCUUGUCACGGGGACAUGGAUGGUGCCACCAGAACCCAAGAAAACUUCUCUAAGCAGUGUGUAAUCAUCUCACAAGUGCGCUCGGCCAUCGAGGUCAGCAUGGGUGACACAGACGCCGCAACUGCCACUCAGCUAGAGUUCAUUGAUCCUAAGAACCUGGCUGCUCAAGCAGGCGUGGUCGUCGGAGCAGUAGUGGCUCCCAUUGUAGCCGUAGCGAGUGUUUCGGCUCUCGGAUUCGGUGCUGGAGGGAUAGUCGCAGGCUCUCCAGCAGCGGGGAUUAUGGCUUAUUCGGGCGGGGCUGUUGCAUCUGGCUCUACAUGCGCUGUACUGCAGUCUGUAGGUGCUGCUGGGUUGGGUGCCGCAUCGACCAGUGCGCUCGUGGUGGGAGGUGGACUAGCAACUGGAUCGGCGUUGGCUGAGACCGCUGCGUGUAUUCCUGGGUACAGUGGGAACGGCAACUCAGUUGGCGUAAUAUGUCCAGGAAUUGAUUUACAUCGUUCGAGGAAGGGAGUGAAUAGAAAGGCUCCGGGAGGGGCAGUGGUUUAUAGUUGGAUAGGUUUCGGGGGCUGAAACGCUGAAAGUAGAUUACGGACGAAGCAUAUGCGAACGAACUGAGCUCAGCAGUAGAUGUAGAAUAUGUACGGAGAUGCAUUGUGAUCAGAGGACAUUGCUCAAUAUGUAAAAUUGAGACGGCCAUACUCAUCAAUCUACUUGUUUUUAGUGCUCUGCUCAUUGUGUUCACGUGUGCUUCGUUUAUUGUAUCACUCACUCCAUAGGAUAAGAAUUGUGGGUAAGUGAAUAUCGAAUAAGCUAUACAACAACCAAAUCGGCGGUGUAGUGUUUGGUCGCAAUAGGAGGUUUCCUCGUCGCGCAGUUCCUUAGUUGUGGCUUCGUCUCUUGCAAAUAAUUGUUUUCCUCGACACCUUUAGUUGAUAUCGCAAGCUACGUUUCACGCUUUUAUUAUUGCAGAAAGUGUGUCGGAUUUAUUCCUAUACAAAACGUAGGUUUCGUUAUUGCAAACAUAAAAAUGGGGUAAAUUCUAGUCAUAAUUUUGUAAUUGAACAUACAAGAUUUCAUUCUAGAUGAAUUCGAGCCAUUGGCCGUGUACAUCUUAGCAGCGUGACCGUGUACAUCUCUACGUGCGUGUACAUCUCUGCGAAUAUGCUAUUGUAACGCAAGUGAUAUGAAUGCGCCAGACAUUUGCAACUGCA